GUAAAAUGUAGGACGAAUCGACAGAACACCGGGACUACUCACAUCUCCACAGUCUCCGGAUGCUAUCGUCAUCAUAAGCUGCCAACAUACCCGGAUGUUUUGACAGUAAAACAACUCAGGAAGCUAAACAUGUCUUGCUAUGCUUAAAACAAAUUGUUGGGAAUGCAGCCGCCACUCCCAGCUGACGCUGUCAGAGAGCUCGUGUCCUCCUGUCUGCACAGGGACCCAGUAGCGGCAGACCUGCGCUGCAGCCUUUUUGUAGCAGCUGCUCAAAACUACAAGCGAGAUUCAGUGCUAAGACCUUUUCCACCUAGAUACAUUAGUGUGGACAGCAAGGAGUUUGAUGAGUUGUUAAGGGAAGUGAGCUCUUUGCCUGGACUGAGAGAGCUGGUGAGGCUGAGGCCUGGUGAGGGAGACCAACAUCUGGCUCUCGUUCACUGGGUUCUUUCCUCCAAAAGCUUUGCGGUUAAGACACUACAAAAAGAAGAGUAUGCUAAACUGUAUAACCUGACUGAGAGUGAGGGGAUUUCUGCGCCUGUCCCAGACUUCCUGUUUGAGCUGGAAUAUUGUGACCAAAUGAAGGCAAACUUUGAGAAGACAAGAGAUGGACGAGACAUUUUCUAUGCAUUCCAUGGCAGCCGCUUGGAGAACUUUCAUUCUAUCAUUCACAAUGGGCUACACUGUCACCUUAACAAGACCUCACUGUUUGGGGAGGGAACCUACCUCACCAGUGACCUCAGCAUGGCUGUACUCUACAGCCCCCAUAGCAACGGGUGGCGGGAAAGUCUCCUAGGACCCCUACUGAGCUGUGUUGCCAUGUGUGAAGUCAUCGAUCACCCAGAUGUAAAGUGCCAGGUUAAGAGUAAAGACAAGACCGUUGAUCGCCAGCGCUCCCGGGCCAGAAACAGUGAAGGAGGGGAGGUCCCUCAGAAGUACUUUGUGGUCACCAACAAUCAGCUGCUGAGAGUCAAGUACUUGUUUGUGUACUCUCAGAGAAGACACCUGUCCAGACAUUCCCGCGGCACCUCAUGGUUAGUCAGACAUCAUUUUGCCAUUAUGAUGAGCCUCUAUCUUCUGUUGCUCAUAUUCAUCGGUGCCUUCAAUUCCACCACCUUCCUGUCCUUUUGGCAAAGACUGUUCCGGUGACACAACAGAGGACAUUCCUCCUCAGUGCCUUGCCUUACACAGACAAUCAAGCCAGAAAGACAAGAGGACAUACCAUUCUAACUCAGUUUUUCUUCAUACAUUUACUGUUAUCACUGCAACAUAUUCAGAUGAUCUCAUCAUGUAAAUUAAAACCACCAAUUUCAUUUAAAAAAAACUCAGCAGAAUAUUAAGACUAGACCCAAAAAUGAGAAAUCUGUAUGUUAGAUUUUAGAGGGAUGCAGCUAAAUAUAAUCGACACGGCACAAUACGUUGACCUGCAUAAGGAUAUAAGUAUGAAGGGUUUGGUUAGGUGUACUGUACCUACCAUACUUAGGAAUUAAUCAUUAAAUAUAUUAACAAUGGGAUUAAUCUAGCUACGCCUUUUAUUUCAGUAUGAUUGAUACAGCUGAGACUUUAUCACUAUUAUCACUUCUGGACUCCUUUAUAUGAUGUUCUAUGUGUUUCUGGUGUCUGGAGUCUGAUGCACCAUGUGACUUAUUUCAAACGAGAAAGUCAGUGGAAUCAGCCCAUUUCUAUAUAUUUUUUGGCCUUUUGAUUGCCUGCAUUUAUUGAACACAGGUUUUUCUUUUUUCUUGAACCAUAGAGGGUAUAGUGACUAAAUUCUCACCGUACAUUUUAAGUUCAUUGUAUUUAUUAUACAUGUUGUAUUGAAAUGGAAGGAAAACUCCUCUAAGGAUUUCUUGUUAAGGUCAGUCACGUUUAUGUUCAUAUAGCGUAUGCUUUUGGAUCCCUUAUCACAGAUAUAUUUCUUGAAUAAUAAAUCUUUGAACUAAA